GUUUAGCGCUUUGAAUGGGAAUUUAAAAAUAAAGAAGGAGAAUGUUUGACGUGCUCUAUGAAAACAAAAUCCGAGUUGUGUGAUGAUAAUGACAGCUUUUCCUACAGCCGCCGUGGUGCUUUUCUAACGUUUUACGUGUUUUAGUGGAGUGUGAAUAUAUUCCAGUGCGUGUUUGUUGUGGCGACGCCAGGCAAAACGUUUUGUUUCGAGGUCAGUUAACAAUCAAUCCUGUCGCCACUUAAGUUAUUUCAGUUCGAACCUUUUUUAUAUAAACAAAAAGAGGCAGACAUUAAACCUGGAAACAUCAAAUCGGUCCCGAACAAUUUAUUCGAUCGGGCAAAAUGUAAACUCGUGCUCAUAAACGGAAACCCACACAUAGUUAUCUCGUAAAGUUCUCAAUCAAAAUCCGUCUUAUCGACAUCGCUGGUGCUAUAGGUCCAGCCUGCCAACCGGCUUCGCGGGAUCCUUCUACGUGAUCAAGAGAACUCAUCUAGGCGCUGCGAAUCACUUCAAAUUCAAAUAAAUAAACGUAAAGAAUGCCGCCCAAGAAAAAAGGAAGUGAAAUUCAAAUUGCCCGUGGUCGAUUGAAAGGAGCUCUGCAGGAUUUAGUUGCUCCAAGUGAUGAUGAACAAUCAGACGAGUCAGAGAAGAAAUAUCCGGUUCCUACUCGAGGACGUCCUCCUAAACGAUCUCGUAAAGAACCUGAAGAAGUUUCGUCAGCGGGACCAGUACAUGAAAGUUACAUUAUGAAGCUCUUCGACAGAAGUCUGGAUUUGGCCAAGUACAAUGAAAACACUCCGUUGUACCCAAUUUGCAGAGCUUGGAUAGCCGAUCAGCCCCGUUCGAGUUCGAUUAGAAAUUUGAGAAAUCAACGCAGCCCUUCUCCAGAGAAACGUGAGGAGGGUGAAGAUUUAGUGAAGGAAUUCAAGAACGGCACAAUCGACGAAGUUACAAGCAUGCCGGCUGUGAAAAAAUUUCAUGUUCCGCGAGUGCCGUCGCCUACAGAUGAACAGCGAAAUGCAGACAAAAACGAUAUUGAUCUCGAUUAUGACUUGAAAUCGCCGCUCGUUACGAAAGAUGUGCUCCUGUUGGCGCAUCAAAGACGAUGGAAAAAUGUGAGAAGUAAGUGGAUGAACCAGACUAAAGCUCACCAACAAAAAUAUGUUACGAGUUUUGAAUUACUGGAAGCGCUUUAUAAAGGAUAGCCCUGAAAUCACCUUUCAUAUUACGUUCCGAACACACCAUAUGCUCUGUUAGAUCUAUAUGUACCAUAUGCAGUCGAUACAGUAUUUCCUGCGUUCGCCCGAAGAACAGUUUGCAACUUUUUAACAUCCUGGACCCAAUAAAUUACCUUCUACAUAUCCUGAAAGUAAAACUCAACUUUGCUUUGUUAUUUUCAAAGUAAAUAAAUUGUAUUUGCAACAGA